ACUCAAAUUGUGAAAGACGCCGGUGUAAACAAACACAGGGACAGAUGUAGGUAUCGUUAUAUCAUACAUAUGUAUGCUACAUAAAUACGUUAUGUAUGAUAAGCAAGAAUUAAUAGAUAAUUAACACAAGUUUAACAUUAAUACGGAAUAAUUAAAACAUAUUUUUAUAAUUAUUAAUUUUGUUGGGUAUUUCGGAUUUGGAUAUUAAAAUAGUAAAAUUUAGAAGUACAAUUUUAAAAGCUUACAUAUAAUCGAAUAUAAUAUAAUGGCAACCUUUGAAGAAGUUAAAAACAUUAGAGAUGAACCAGAGAAAUUAUUAAUUGAUGUCCGAAAUCAAUCAGAAAUCCAAGAAACAGGAAGUAUACCUGGUAGCAUAAAUAUUCCAUUGCCUGAGUUAGAAUCGGCUUUAAAAUUAAGCGCUAAUGAGUUCAAAGAUAAAUACGAUUUGGAAAAACCUGAAGGAAGUAAAACUUUAAUAUUUAGCUGCAGAUCAGGAGCUAGAGCACAAAAAGCAGCAGAUCUUGCGAAAUCUCUGGGAUUUGAAAAUUCUAAAUCUUACAAAGGAUCUUGGACUGAAUGGGCUGAAAAACAUGGAUUGUGAUUUAUUCGUUAAUUACGUUUUGCAGCUGUUCAUUUAAAUCUUAUUUAUAAUGAAUUGUUAAAAUCAUUUAUGAUGUUUUAAAAUAUAUUUGUAAAAUCAG